AUGUUCAAGACUAUUUUAUUAUUGGUCUUGGCCACUGUCGUGUGUGCCGCACCCCAAGCCCGUAUUGUUGGUGGCCGUGACGUGGAUAUUGUAAAACAUCACUAUUUGGUAUCGAUACGCUAUAAGUCCACAUCCAAUGAUGUGUAUAUACACAAAUAUGCCGGCACCAUCUAUUUCAAACGUGCUGUCAUUACUGGCGCCCAAUGUGUGGUGGGCAUUAAAGCCGGAGAAAAAGUGACGACUGUGACGACUGUGCCUUAUACUGCCCCAAAGUGCGUACAUCAUGCCACCUACUCCGAUUGGACUGUGUAUUAUGAUAUUGCUGUGAUCAUUAUUAAUGAUGUAUUCGACUUCUAUUAUCCUCUGUUUAAACCAAUUAAAAUAUGUCAUUUACGUCCGGCCAAUGGACGUUUGGUAACCCUUACCGGUUGGGAUUAUCAGCAGAUAAUGGUCCUUCGACAAGGGCACUUUCUGAAGCGCGAGUAG